UUGAUAUUGUUAUUUUUAGCAGAAACUGUGUAUUAAUCCGGAAAAAUUAUCAGAUAAAUUAUAUUCCAGCCUCUGUUGAAAUUGAUAAAGAGGGUGGAGGGAUAACAGUACCUUAGAUGUGAUGAAAGGAAAUCAGUAGGUGGCUUUGUUUACACUGGGUCGAGGUGGGGGGGACGUGACCAGUGCGGCACGUUUUGAAGGGAUCAAGUGAAUUAUUACCCUAAAAGACCAAACCGGCUGUACAUGGCCUGCCAAUCACUGCACAAAGUAUUCAACAAUCGUUUACCACCGGAGAGUCCCAGAAAUAGCAGCAGAAAGAGAGUACAGGGACCGCCGGCAGUGAAAGUGAUGCAGGCGAUGGAGAAUUUGAACCGACGGCGGAAAUGCUAGUCGAUGAUUACGACGAUGAGAGAACAUUAGACGAGGAGGAGGAUAUGGAAGAAGGCACAGACCGCGAGGAAGAGAUCGAUAACCUAGAGAAGGUGGGUGGCGUUGAUGAACCGCAGAAGGAACAGGACAUGCCCAUUGCACAGCUGCUGGCUAUGUAUAGAGGAUACCCACCCGAGGAGGGGGAAGGAGAGGUGGAGGAGCAAGCUAAUGGAGAGGGGGAGACUAACCAGAAUGAGAAUGAAAACAGUAACGGGGAAGUGAUCGAGAAUGAAGCAGAGGUCGAGAACGAGACAGAGGAGCAGGAGGAACCCGAAGUCAUAUCAUCGAGAUCUUCCACCUCCGAGGAAAAUGUAAAUAAUCACGAAAAGGAAAUAAAACCAGAUGUAAAGCCCGAGAGAAAACGGAGAGAAAAGACGUCAGAAUUGGCCCAACUCUAUGCAGACAUGGAUACCAACGGCGACACUCCGACCCCAUCGUCUUCGCGUUCUCUGAGAUGUCACAAACCUCUAGGAAUCCUGUCAACGGGCAGCUCGCGACAACAGAGUGAAGAUGAAGAGGAGGAAGAAGGGGAUUAUUCUGGGGAGGAGGAGGACUGGCAUAAAACUAUUAUGAUCGGUUCGUCCUACCAGGCACAGGUACCCGAGGGUCUACAAGCGUACGGUGCAACGCCGCCUUAUGAGAAUGAAGAUAAACUCUUGUGGGAGCCUGGCAAAUUAAGCCCUAAACAGGUAGAGGAGUACCUACGGGCACUAAGUCAUCCCCCGCCUGGUUCUCAAGGUGUUGCUGCCAUCCCCCUCGGAAAGCACGUCAGAGAUGAUGAACAGUUACUGAAUAGAAGAAAGUGGGGUAACCUGCCCCACUACCCUGGAGUAGGAAGGGGGGUGGGGGAGUGCAUCAAGCCUCAAGCAGGUGCAAGUUUGUUGAAUAAUGAUACGGGAUGCAAAUGUAAGGCUUUGUAUCUAUUACUUCAAUGUGGGUAUAAUGUAGAAGAAGCUUUACGUAGACACCGUAUGAACCCUACUCCGCUGGCCUCCACUAUGACACUAUGGUCGGAAGAGGAGUGUAGAAAUUUUGAAAACGGUCUUAAAACUUACGGCAAAGAUUUCCACCUCAUACAACAAAAUAAGGUUCGAACGAGAUCGGUGGGAGAGUUAGUACAGUUUUAUUAUCUCUGGAAGAAGACGGAAAGACACGACCUCUUCGCGACAAAAACCAGAAUUGAGAAGAAAAAAUACAUAGUUCAUCCUGGCACUACUGACUACAUGGACCGGUUCCUAGAUGAGGGAGAGGGAGGUGGCCACAUGCCGUGGCGUGACAACCGCUCGUCGUCCCCCAGUCUUCACGCUCUGUUGUAUGGGCGUCCUCCUGGAAGCACCGCCGGAGCAUCUGGAGGUGGGGUAGAAAUCUCUGCACCUGCAAGCAUUGCUCAACCUACUCAGCCCAGCUCUACAACAGAAGCCACUGGAGGGAGUAAUAACAAAGACAGCGAGGCUUCAGUUACUUAUUCUGGACUAAACCAGAUGGAAGACUUAGCCCGCCAUUUGGACCCAGACUCUAUUGAGUCCCUGGCCAAGAUGACUUCUCCGAACACUUCUGUAUCAAUUGCCAGAACUGGGAAGAGAACCAGUAGUCCUCAUCCUAUGGAUGUGGAUUUAUCUAUAUCACGUUCCUCGUUGCUAACCUCACAGACAAUGAGUGUAGAGGCUAAAAGUGUAGCAAUGGCAGAAACUGUUGCACAGUGAAAUAUACUGUAUGCCUUUUUUAAUGUGUAUGAGUGGUGUGGUGGUUGUGAAAAGUGCAAGUGUUCGUUACCAGUGUUGCUGCCUGAUAAUGUAACCAAGAGGACACCCAAAGUCUGCCUUUUUGUAAUAUUAAUGAUCCAAGAACACUUAUUACAAUCAGCUUGCUGAAUUUUAUACAGCCUCUGUGUGAGUGUUUGGAUCUAUAACUUUCAGUGAAAUUAUCAAAGAAAAUCUUAGAUUUUGGCCAUCAAAGUUGUGUCAGAAAUUCUAGAAAAAUAACACAACUGUACAACAUGGGAAUUAUUUUCAUUUAUGUGAGUUAACAUUAUUGUAUAUUUAUAUAUUUCUUCCUUAAAAAAAGUGCCACAUAAAUACUGUACACACAUUGCAUACAUAUUGUACAGUGGUUAAUACCAUACAGGUUAGCCAGUCAAUUCCUACAUCAUCUUUGGGAUUUCAUAUUCAUUCAUCAUUAUUAGACACAUCAUUCAAAAUUAUAGUUCCCAACACACACUCACACACAUACACACACAUACUGUACACAUGUACUAACACACUCGAAUACAUACACUCACUCUUAAACACUCAAUCACUCAUGCUCUCAUACACUCAAUCACUCAAUUUUAAUGUAAAUUAACACCUUAUUGUAUAUUUAUAUAUUCCAUGUUAAAAAAAGUGCCACAAACACAUGUAACAUAGAUUCAUGUUGUUCACUGAGUCUCUGUCUAUGUCUUUGGGAGUUCAUACUCACUCACUCAGAAUAUCAUUAGGCUCUUCAUAUUUGAGGCUAUUUCACAACACACCCACACACACACAUACAUUCACCCACCCAUUCACCCACCCAUUCAUUCACUCAGUCACUGUCAUCUGUCUGUCUGUCUGUCUGUCUGUCUGUGUGUCCAGAAAAUGAAAAUUGUUUUAAAUUUCAAGUCCCAAAGUCUAGUCUGAUGAAAGCGAUGUUGGAGAUGUUACCUAUGUUGAGUGCUGAACCCUCUUCCUCCUUCUCUUCUUCCCCCCACCCCCAACCAUGAAAAAUUUACCCAAUAUUAACCAACACUUCAUUUCUUCCUCUAGAUAUCAAUUUCAAAAAGGGAGAUUGUCUUAAUAGAAGAGGGUUAGUUCAAUAAACAGUCUUGUAUUCUGUAAAGGGAACGGUUACAUUAUAAGAUUACUCAUGGCUUCUAACGUUCUUUAUGGCGUCGAUGCUGGUAGUCAUUAGAAUGGGUAUUGAAAUUAAAAGUCUAUUUAUAUUUUUACUGAAAGGUUACACUUACGGUAGACUCAGAUGUUUAGGUGCCACUAUACAAAUAAUGUUGGUUAUGCCACCCCAGGAAGGUUGAUGACAACCUUCUCAGGGUAGAAUUAUAUAUUUAUUUGAUUUUAAUUUUUUUUUGUUAAUCUCAUGAAUCUAGAUCUACUCAAUGAACAAGUUAUUUAUUUAUAUGCUGAUAACACACGUAGGGAAAAAGACAACACGAAAUACCCAAGCACUUGGGAACUUUGUGUUUUUCUUUUCUUUUUACCUGUGUGGUUAUCAGCAUAUACAUACAUACAGUACAUGGAUCACAUGCACCUACAGUGAUUUAUUUGCAUAUUUAUUUGUUUCCUCACAGUAUUUUUUUUUCCCCACCAGACAGGUCGUGUGUGUGCUGGUACAGAAUCCUUUAAUGCUAGAGUACCAUAGCUACACUGGUACUGUAUUAGAGACUACAUACCUGAGCUAGCAACAUGUAUUUUUAGUGUGGGGCUCUUACUCUGUUGUGUUGUUUUACAGGUUGGAUCCACAUUGGAAUACCCGAUAUGGUCAACACUGGAGUGAUCCUCUAUUCUGAGGUUUGGCAAUGCCUUUAGUCAGGCUGGCAAGGAUUUCUGUACUGAUUUGUUUUGAAAUUCAUUAGCUUUCAAGAACCACUUUAGUUAAUGGACUGUGUACAUUAUUGUCACGUAUGCAUGUCUUUGUACAAAUAAUUAUAGUAGAGAGUCGACUAACUACAGCUACUUGCUCCAACAGGGUUAUGAGGUAACCAUCUUUAGGUCAGUUCUUGUUAAGUAAGUUUGGUGUCUGAGGUUUUGGAGUUUUGAAAUCAAAGUUCUUCUGAGAGGAAUUCGUAAGACAUGUAUUAAGGAAAGUUAUUAUGCCCCAUCACCAUAGGCUGAGGGGCAUAGUGUAAUGGUUUGCACUUGAGCUUGUGUACAUCUGUCUGUCCGGGACUCAAUACACAUUAUCUGAAGAUGGAUGGAUAUUAAUCAAACUUACAACACACACACACACUACAAUAGAAAUUUCUACAUGUGAGUAAUUUUGAGGGGAGUCAGGGUCACAAAGGCAUGUGUACUCCGAUGCUGCUAGAUGUUCAUGUACACAAUAUCUGUAGGCUGGUUGGAGGAACAUUGAUCAUAUUAGUACCAGAGAAAUUAUAUACAGAGUUCCUUACCUGUUUGAUUUUUUAAGGUCAGCCCACCCCUGUCUGCUAAAGUGCUAGUUACUAAAUGCUUCUGUGCCAGAUAUACAGAUACUGGAAAACUUAAUGAUUGGAUUUUUACCAAACAUGUACUGCGGAUUCUAUUCUGUAUUACACUUGACUAGUUUUUUAUGGAGGUUGGGUCAAAAGCCAAAGUCACUGUUUAAUGGUUAUUGGUCUUGUGUUCCCAGCCGAGCAGAUGGGGCAUGCAGUAUUUCCUUGUCCCCUACCUGUGUGCAUGUCCGUCCUGAUCUUGUGUACCAAAGAAGUUUUUAGGAUGAGAGACUUCACUUAUAUGUCAGUGAUGCAUCAGUAACACUUGCAACGAGAGUCUUUUAGGCCACUCGUGUACCUCCAGAAUUAACACUUAUGUCAAUGGCAGUUUUGUAUGGUAUAACUUGUUGAAAAUCCCAUAAAGAAUGAAUUUGCCAUCCAUUUGGGUUGAAGAAACUGAAAGUGAAGAUAUACUGUAGUAGUAGUGGUUUGGGAGUCUUGUUGAGUGCUGUUGAUAUUUUAAAGCAAAUAUAUCCCCUCUACACAUCUCUUGAGGGGCCAAUUUUAUGUAAUUUUAAACACUUUCAUUAUCCCAUCAGACUCAUUGAGUUAGCAUGUUUACGUCGAGUGUGGCACGAGCCAAUGGAGGCACUCCCGUGUUAGUGUUACGGAGAAUCCUGUGAGUGGAAUCGUUUAUCCUGGAACCUCUUUAUCUUGUACCACUGAUUGUUGUUACAGUGCCAAGUUCUCUCCCUAAUUAGUUGAUUGAGUUCAAGGGGUUAAAUUCACAGUCAUGUAUACUAAAAUAUUUAUCAUGUCUCCUCUUAACAUCCUAUCCAUUCGGGGAGUUGGUCUGUUCUUUGUUACUUUGUUAUGACCUUCCUUGUCCAGGAUGAAUGGAUAUUGACCUUAUGCCCAUUGCCAAGCUGAUGGGCAUAUUGGUUCACUCCUUUCCGUGCCUCCAUCCAUUGUUCUGAUCUGGUGUACACAAUGUCUCAUGAUUGGGUGAAGGAAUGGUUACUAAACUGUAACUACUAUACAUGUAAAGUUCUACACCUGAUUUAUUGUUGGAGGUCAGGAGGGGUCAAAGCUUAAGGUCAUGUAUACUAAAAUGCUAAAAGUGUAAUUGUUUUAAAUGUUCUUUAAUGACCUGACUAGAUUUUUAAGCUCUUGUAAGUUUUUACACAAAUAAUUAUUCCUCAGUUUUUUGGGGAGUAAUUGGACAUUUUUUGUGGUCAGCGAGUAUUUGUAUAUGUUUUACAAAGAGAAUUACUGUUUUAUUUAGAUAUAUGUUGGUCAGUGACUUUGAUUAGGUUAUAAACACAAGAAAAAUAAUGUACACAGAUGCAUAUUGUAGUAUAAUUUAAACAGAAUUUCCGAGAAAGUAGUGAGUCGUAUGCAAGGUUGUCCACAGGGAAGAGAAUUACACUACACCACCCACUUAAGGUACUGAAUAAAGGAACAUGUAUGUAAACGUUUGCUGUUGAAGACGUUGGACAUUCAGAGAGAGAAAAUUUUUGGUGCUUUUAUGGAAUUUUAGGAAAUAUAUGAUAAAGUAUUUUGGAAUAUUAUGUGUAUGAGUUUUAGUUCUUUAUUCUGUGCGGAGAAGACUAUUUUAUAUUGUCCAUGGUAUUAGGAUGAGAAUUGUUCCUGUGUAGUAGUACAGGGUGGUGAGUGUGUCUGUGUGUGUGUCUGUCUGUCUGAUGUUUGGUUAUGUAAGCUUGCCAAAAUUUUUGACAGUUAUGGGAAUGGUUUAUGGAUGGCUGGUGCCAAAGAUACAAGUUAAGUGAUUCUGAGGUCAGGUAAUUUCAUAUUAGGAUAGGGGAAGCUGUUAGUUAUUAUUUUGACCCACUGAAUCAGAAGAGGAAUUAGGUAAAAUGCAAAUGGGGAAAAAGUCCUUCAGUAGGGUAAUGUUUGUCUCGUGAGAAAAUGUUGAAUAAAAUGGUCAGGCGUUCACCAAAUAAAAUAUUUAAAGCAGUGUCCCCGUAGUGAAAGGUUUAAUGAGUUUAGUUAUUUAUGUGCAGUGGAAAAGGCUAGGUAUUUCUUGCUAGUAUGUUGUGCAGGAAGAGAAGUAUAGGCAGUAUUGAGGACUAAGAAAUGGAAAGAUUCUGUGAUAUAUAUAGAGUUACAGUAAUUCCUAGCAUAUCAUAGUAUACUGUACUGUAUGUACAGUAAACUCUCAUGUAUAGAGAGAAUCUAUUGCCUUGGUUAAUAUUGCCAUAAUAGGUGAAUGUAAAACUGCCCCCCCCCCCUUAUACACACACA